AUGGUUAGAAUGAGAGAAUUACGUCGAACUUUAGGUAGAGUUUUAGGCAAAGCUUUAGGUAGGCAUGAUGUUGAAAAUGUGGAUCAUGACACUGAUGAGCCUCAUGAGGAGCCUCACGAUCCAGUUACGGAGGAUGUAGGUGAUGGUUCACAGGGUUUUUCAGGCAGGCCCCAAGAUACACCAGUGUUGACUUCAUAUGUUGGUCAUGUGGCAGUCAAUGUGUGGGAACGUACAAAGUUAAAGUUAGCCUCUCAUGGGAGGAAGGUUGAGAAAUUUGGAAGGCUUGCACUUGAGAUUGAAGGUUUAGUAGCUGGUACAAGCUUAAGUUCUUUAAUUACAUGUUCAUUGGAGACAGGAGACAAGGGACUUUUGUUUGCUUUUGCGGAGAGGUGGCACAAGGAAACUAGCAGUUUCCAUCUGCCCAUAAGAGAGAUGAGUAUAACCCUUGAUGAUGUGGCAUCAUUAUUACAUCUACCCAUUACAGGUGCAUUCCAUAUGUAUGAUGCAAUAGAUGUAGAGCAUACUGUGGAUUUGUUAGUUGAGUUGCUUGAAGUGUCUAGACAAGAAGCAGUAGAUGAGACAAAGCACGAUAAUGGACACUAG